AGAACUCACAAUGACAACUGUAACGGUGACCACCAAAGUCCCCCCAAGAGGUAAGACAGAAAGUGGCUCUGUCUUGUAUGGAUCUUCAUCAGCUCAUAUUAUUGAAGAAACUGAGUACGUGAAGAAGAUUCGAACUACCCUGGAAAAGGUCCGAAAUCACAUGUUUAAAGAUGAAGGACAUGGCAAUGCAAAUUACAAACUAGAUGCAGAGCAAUCUGGAAACUUUCAGAAUGGCUCGGAUUCCACAACAGACUCCAAAUCUUUGUAUUUGCUCAUGGAAAACAUAAGAAAAGACCAGCAGCUCCUAGAAAUGAACAGAGAGAAUGAAAUGUUGAAAAUCAAGCUUGAAGCUUCCCAGGAAGCAGGAGCAGCAGCUUUGAGAAAUGUGGCCCAGAGAUUAUUUGACAACUACCAAACACAUUUUGAAGACAUGAAGAAAAAGCAGGAAGACUGUAAACGUUUACUCCAGAUCAACAGUCUUGAAAAAGAGCAGACAUUAAAGCAACGUGCUGAAAAUCUGAGUCAACUUUCAGAAAAACUUGAAGAAAAGCAUGGUCAAAUCAUAGGACUGGAGAACCGUGUGCAGAGGAUGGAAAAUGAAAAGAAAACACUCCUGGAGAGAAAAUUGUGUUUGGAAGGCAAGCUGCUGCAACUCAAGUCCAAUGAUGCACAUUCAAAAAGUUGCCAGGAUCUUCAAACAGAGAUUUCUAUCCUCCAGGAACAGAUCUGUCAUCUGCAGUUCGUGAUUCACUCCCAACACCAGAGCCUGCGGAGUGUCAUCGAGGAGAUGGAAGCAUUAAAAAAUACUUUAAAAGAACAAGAUAAAAACAUUGAAAAUUUGAAAGAAAAGGUCACCAUACUUGAAGCUCAGAAUAAGGAACUAAAGACCAAGGUGGCGAAUUGGAGUGAAACUCCUAAGACAUCAGUUUCUAAGGCUGUCUCUACAAGCGAAUUGAAGCCUGAAGGUGCCUCUCCCUAUCUGAUGUUGAUCAGGCUGCGGAAAUGAAGAGGCUGGAUGAAGAUCUGAUGGAGAAGGACUAUUUGGAUCUUAUUUAUUCCUUGCAAUGCAGUUUCAGCUUCCAAGCUAACAUGACACCAUGCCAGUGUUUAUUUAAAUGUAACUUACUAUACAUCAAUAAAAUUAAAGGAAAGUGAUAUUCCAGGCAA